CAGUCUUCUGCCACCCAAAUUAAAUCUCCAGGGGCCAGGCAUCUAAACAACUCUGCAACGCCCGCUCCGACUGGCCACGGCCCACGGCCCACGGGAAACGCACAUUUCGAAAAUCAGACGUUUUCUCAGCCACCGUCACCGCGCGCUGUUUCGAGUGCGCUGCGCCAAAGUGCCUGGUCACAGCGUGCGCCCUGGAUUGACAGGGGCAGGCCAAGAUCUGACUUUCGCGGUCGCCCAUAUACCUCGCUUCGCCGCCGCGCGCCCUGCCUGCUUCUUUCUCUUCCGCACUCUUCCAGAGGACACCCACCCAGGCUGCAGCAGCAUCAUCAUACCUAUUAUUCCUAAGGAACCAUUCACUCCCCCAUCAUAUCACGAGGUCUCUCCGAUCUCGUCUCUGGAUUUGCACUUCGCAAAUCAACAUCACAACAACAGCUCAAUGUACGGACGAAGGCAGGCACUCACUCCAACAACCUCCUCCUCUCGUCCUCCGUUGCCACACUGUCGACCUCACCGCCCUCGAUAAAUCCUCCAUCUUGCUCGCGAACACUCUGGCGCCCCUUGUGAUUCUUCGAUAAGGACUCGAGGCGCGUCUGGACGCCUCGCCAUCGCCUCGAUGGCAACAUUCCAGACAUACCCGACACCUCCUGCAUACGCAUACUACACUCAUCGCACGCCUCCACACACACCACCACCCGCCGCAGGAGCUUAUGCAUCAUACUACUCACCGCGCCAAUUCAGCUACAGUUCGACGCCGCAAAAAGGCCACCAACGGAGGGCGACGGGCGAUGGAGCCACCUUCACCUACACCUACACCACCAAGACACCGCCUCCUCCCAGGAAUGCGACCUACUACUCGACACCAGAGCCUACUUAUCACACUUCUGCGCAAUCGACGCCGCAGCGGAAGUCCGACUAUGUAAGUGGCUCUGAUCGCAAACGCGAAAGCGCUCGAUAUUCGUAUCGAGUGCCCGCCGACGGCACCAAGCAGUACAAGUUCUCGAGCACCAAGCACUACUCGUCGCGGCCGCAGUACAAUGUUCAUGAAGAAUACUGCUACGACCGCUCGUACGACGAACUGCCGCGCUACGAACAGUACGAGUCGCGGCCACCGCCGUACAAGCGACAACAGACUCAUGAGGCACGUACUGAUCGUCGAUACCGUGAUCAGGUGCCCAUCUACACAGCAGCAGCCGAUGCCACUCCAAAAGCAUCCACACGAACUCGACGCGCAUCCUACGCUACGAAGCCGACGAACCCACCACCGAGGCCUCGCACCAGCACCGCCUCCAAGCCGACCGCCAAGGCAACAGAGGACGAUGCGCGUCGCGCUGGCAUCCCCGCCGGUUACUCCUUCAAGAAUUGGGACCCAACCGAAGAGCCAAUCCUGCUGCUGGGAUCGGUCUUCGACGCCAACUCCCUCGGCAAAUGGAUCUACGAUUGGACCGUCUUCUUCUACGGCCCGGCAACACCCAUGUCCGAAGUUGCCGGCGAGUUGUGGCUCUUACUCAUCCAAUUAGCCCACAAAAUCAAGCGCGCCGAAGAGAGCAUGUCACGCAUCCGAUCGCAAGCAUCCCGUGACAUGGUCGACGACUUCCUCGAAUCCGGCGAAAGGCUGUGGCAGCGUUUCAACAAACUCCUCAAAAUCUGCGAAAACUACAUGUGGAAGGCGGCGAAGAAGGAGAGUGGGAAUUCGAAGAAUGUGUCCAUGGGCAAGAAUAGUGGGUGCGAAUUUGUUGAUACCAUCUUCGGGCGCGAUCGGGAGUUGGAUCGUACGGAGAAGCUUAUGACCGGCAUGCGGUUGUGGAGUAUGCGCUUCGACGCCAAUUGCGAAGACAUCCUGCGCAACCCUGGAGCUUAGAGACGCGAACCGACGCGCGCUGUUGCCUGGAGUCACAGUGGCGAAAACUCAGAACUCGACUCUUACUCGCGCCGGCGUUUUGGCUUGCUUUGACAGACAUCGCCACUUUCAACCUGUUGACUGCGAUUCGUGCGAAGCUUCUGAUACCCCAACCACAACUUUACCUAUACAUUACUGGUGUUAAGAGAGAGAGAGAAAGAGAACACAUCACGGAGUUUAUGCUUCGUCCUGAAUCGAACCGGACUGGACAUGUACGAAUAUAUCAUCCGAUCACAGGGGCGCGCGCGAUGGCUUAUCACGGAAGGCUGGCUUUUGCAUUUCCAUUUCCGCUCCGAUGAGUGACUCAUCGUGUUUCAGCAUCAUGCAUCAUCACUGGCGGUCUUUGGGGGAUUUUAUUUUAGACCGACACAACCAAAAAAAGUUGGAUCUUGAUUAAAGCCAUAUACCCUUUUGCGAAUGAGGCAUCUUUGGUAGUUUGAUUGUGGGUUUAAUUGUCUAGGAGUUCGAUAUAUCGAACUUGAUUUGUUAGUUUUUUGGGGGAUUUAUUUUUUUAGAUAUAUGGAAUACUGUUAUUGUUC